AUGACCGCUUCAUGGGGACAUUAUCCUCCGUCGAGUCACGCCGGAAGCAGCAGCGAAAGCGAGUACGACAAGCAAGCAUUUAACAAUGAAGAAAAUGAUGAAGACGAAGAAGAGUCUACCGCAAGUGACUCGGAGGCUGAAGACUUUAAUCGCGGUACAAGACGUCGACAACGGAUUCAUUUCAACGUAGAGCGACUACAGACGGUUUAUCACCUUCCGCUUAAAACGGCAGCAGAACGACUUGGUAUUUGUGAGGCAGCCCUCAAACGAAUUUGCAGACGCAACCUUAUUCAAAAGUGGCCGUACAGACAGCUCUCUUCCGUUCGUCGACGUAUUACUGAGCUUAACGACCGCCGUGUAGGUAUAAUCGGUCAACGUGGCGUAGGUAAACCUGGGAAUGAUACACUUUGUGAGUUUCAAGAUCACCUUCCCUCUGUGACACCAGAACAGUUUAAUAUUAAACUGCAACAACUGCAAGAGGAGCAAGACCAGAUCAUUCGGCUUGCUCACCAACCACGUCGACUGGCUAAAUCAGUUCAAUCGAGCAUGACAAUAUCGUGUCAGCAGUACCCAAAAAGACUGCAAAGCGAGAAACGGCUUAUCGUGGAUGAAGCAUUGAGAGACCAUGUCAUGGGUGUACAAAGCACCAUUGCGGAUUUACCUCCGCUGGACCUGAGUCGCGUAGAUCGCGAUUUUCCGCUGUUAUUUCUUGCUAACGUGUGCGAGUCCGUCCGUGCUUAUCAGUAA